GGUGCGGCGGCAUCACUCCAUGCAGCGGCUGGCGCGCGGAGAGACGGCCGACUCCAGCGUGGACCAAGAGACGGGUGCCCUUAUAGUUCCUGAUCAGCAGGGCAACCUGAGGAUCACAGUUAAGAAGACCAAGCCUAUCCUGGGCAUUGCCAUCGAAGGGGGAGCGGACACGAAACACCCUUUACCUCGCAUAAUAAACAUACAUGAGAACGGAGCGGCCUUCGAGGCGGGCGGCUUGGAGGUGGGCCAGCUCAUACUAGAGGUGGAUGGCCAGAGGGUCGAAGGCCUGCAGCACCAGGAUGUGGCCCGCCUGAUCGCCGAGUCGUUCGCGCGCCGCGAGCGACAGGACAUCGAGUUCCUGGUGGUGGAGGCGAAGAAGUCGAACCUGGAGCCCAAGCCGACGGCGCUCAUCUUCCUGGAGGCCUAGCGGUCGCCCUCCCUGCCCUGAGCGGCCCGCACCUGAUGCGGGUCGGAGGGUGGGGACGGGGCUCGUGGUCCCGAACCAGGGAGAGCAGGGCUAGCGUGUGGUCCCAAGACCGGGUUACAGGGCGAAGGUAGCCUGUGGUCCCGAAACCGGGCGUAACAGAGCAAAGCUGACUUGUGGUCCCAAAUUUGGGGUAUCGAGCGAAGCUAGCUUGUCAUCACAAAACAAGGGUUUAGAGAUUAGUUAGCUUGUGGUCCCAAAGUCAGUGUAUAGAGCAAGGAUAAGUUAUGGUCCCAAAAUUAUAGUGGCAAGCUAUACUGUCUUGCGGUCCUGAAAUAAGGGUAGAGAGUUAAGCUAGCUUGUGGUUCCUCACUCACGCUCUCUACCCGUCUCGUGCACGAGGUGACAUUCUCUCGUUCGAUGUUGUCACCGCCACCGUCUGCCUCAGCUGUUUUGAAACAGGUGUGCGUUCGUCUCGCUCGGCGAGUGCAGCGAAGCAGCUUUUUCUUUCAUGUUCAGAAAAUAAUAAAUACCUGGAUGCGCAGCAUAUUGUUGUAGCUCAGUGUUCCUAGGGCGUAAUAAUUCACAGCUCUGUCCAUGUCUAGUUGUUCGUCCUCGAUGUAGCCAUCUUGUGUAACCCAGAGCUCUGCAUGCCGUUGGGAAAGUUCCGGAACGCCCAGCCUGAACUGAGGAGGUGGGAUGUGCGCAACACAGGGGUCAUGUGUACCAACCAUUGGAAUGAAAUUACUUUUGACGCAUUUUGUAAUUUAUGUUCUUGCCUUUGUUUGCUUCUGACAUUCAAAUUUCCACCACGUUAAAAACAGGUAAAUGCGUAAAGUAACUAUUCGUUUUAAAUUUAGGUAGGGAUAUAAAAUAAUACGAAAUUUCAAGAAAACUUAUUGGCACCUAAAUUCCCUUAUAACUAAAAAAAUCAAAUCUAUGACACUAUAUCCACUACAAUUGUUUUACUUGAGAUCAUAG